AGUUCACUUCGGAAAUGUGUGAGGAUACGAAAUUCGAGGAUGCUGAAAUAAACUUCACAGACCGGAAAGGUAGCAAAGAGGUAACCACUAGGUUCUGGUCUGCGGGAAAGACGGACGCUAUAAUUAUGGGUGUGAACGCUACACCUUCAGGUCCGCCAAUAGGUAUCGUAGUUUUCCUCAUCGUGCCGGAAAAUAUAACGCUUGGAGAAAUAGUCAACUUUACACUGAAAGGUCUGAAGUUUGCUAUCAAUCUGGGACAACCCGACGAUUUCGCAGAAUCGUGGAUGUUCUCCAUACCACCCUAUGGUAUGGGAAAUCUGUUUAGGAUACGAUGGAAAGACCGAUCGGUUAUGCCUAUUGGGUAA